GUUUUUCGCUGCAGGUCUUCAAGCAAGGCUGGAUGUCCACUCGAUUGGGUGUUGUAUAGAAGGGAUUAUUCCUCUUCAGAGCAAGACACAUUCCUCUUGAUUUUGUUACUUUAAAAUGGAGAAAUAUGAGCACCUAGGACUGGUUGGUGAGGGGAGCUAUGGAGCAGUGAUGAAGUGUAGGAAUAAAGCCAAUGGAAGAAUAGUGGCGGUCAAGAAAUUCCUGGAGAGUGAAGAUGAUAAAACAGUUAAAAAAAUUGCCACCCGAGAAAUCAAGUUAUUGAAGCAAUUGAGGCAUGAGAAUUUGGUGAAUCUCCUGGAAGUGUGUAAGAAAAAGAAACGAUGGUACCUGGUAUUUGAAUUUGUAGACCACAGUAUGCUUGAUGAUUUAGACCUCUUUCCACAAGGCCUGGAAUACCAAAGAGUUCAAAAGUAUUUGUAUCAGAUUAUUAAAGGAAUUGAAUUUUGUCACAAUCACAAUAUUAUCCACAGAGAUAUAAAGCCAGAGAACAUCCUGAUCUCCCGGUCUGGAGUGGUAAAGCUGUGUGACUUUGGAUUUGCUCGCAUGUUGGGAGCCCCUGGGGAAGUGUACACUGAUUAUGUGGCUACUCGGUGGUACAGAGCCCCAGAGCUUUUGGUUGGAGACAUAAAGUAUGGCAAGGCUGUUGAUAUAUGGGCCAUUGGUUGUUUGUUGAUUGAAAUGUCCAUGGGGCAACCCCUUUUUCCUGGGGAUUCUGAUAUUGAUCAGCUGUAUCAUAUUGUGAAAUGUUUGGGUAAUUUAAUUCCAAGACAUCAGGAACUGUUCUAUCAGAACCCACUCUUUGCUAGUGUGAAAUUGCCUGAAGUUGAAGAACAGGAGUCUCUUGAAAACCAUUGUCCUAAGCUUUCUGCAGUGGUGAUUGAUAUGGCAAAGAAAUGCUUGCAGAUUGAUCCUGACAAGAGGCCCUUCUGUGAUGAGCUCCUCAACCAUGACUUCUUUAACCAGGAUGGAUUUGUGGAAAGGUUUUCUAAGGAGCUAAAAUUAAAUGUACAGAAAGAUGCCAGAAAAUUUUCUUCAUCAAAAAUAUCUAAAAAAAUAUCUAAAAAGGGAAAAGAUAAUUCUUCAGGUGAAGAAAGAAAAACAUUAGUUAUGCAGGAUGUCAAUACUGAUCCCAAAACUAGAGAUUCUAAAGUGAUCAAAGCAAAGGCAUCAAAAACUGAUAGUGAAAAGAUUAAAAAACCCAGCCGAGCCUCCAAUCCUGGUUGUCUCCCCAACAGUGGAAUGAGUCAGGUCAGAAUGAUUCCUCCAGCCACUUUUGGAGUCCCUGGGAACAGCAGUGUGGACUGCACAAAGAAUCUUGGCACAGGGAUUCCUCCAAUUGUACACAAUAUUUCUGGCACUGCUUCCAGUAUCAGUUCAGGAGUGGGGACUAUUCCAGGAGGUCAUACUUACAGGGUGGAUGACAAAGCUAAAAAGAACCAUGUUCCAUUUGUUAGGCUGAAUAAACAUGAUCCAGCCACCUCUCAUAAUGCUAACCUGACCACACUGGUCUCUAAUGAAAAGAACAUUCUUCAGGAAAACAAGAAAAGAUGGGAAGUCUCCAAGACAGAGGUUCAUUUGCCUGAACUAAACUCUAAUUACCUCCCUGAAGUCAAAGGAAUUGAAGGCCCAGGUACCAGGAUGCUCCCAGCCAGACUCUCCAGAGGCCAACUUCCCUCCAGUAGAACACUCAAAUUGAAGAAUAUUGAGGACCUGUGUCAUGAUUGUACUCCAAAAUCCAGGAUGACAAGCUCCAGGAAUCAGACUGUUGACAUCCUGAGAGGAGAGCGACACAGGCUGGACUCUAUCCCACUGAAUUGCAUCAUUUUCCCUGGGAGCAAUGCUGUGGCAAUGAAAGGAAAACAAAAGGAUGAUGGUUUUCCAGCUUAUCUAAGACAGAUUCAGCAUUUCCCCAACAUCACAGCAAUCCCUUCUCCCCCUUGGGAUUCAGAUGUGCACCUUGAUAGUUCCAGUGCUGCUCUGUCACUGAGAUGGGAAGCCAGAAGCAUCUCCUUGCUGACCCCCUUUCCAUGAGAAAGCUGGAUCUGGUCUUUUGUGACUUGGAUCAGAUAAAAGCAUCCAGCUGGCUUGAUCUAGCCAAGGGCAGAGGAGGCAGCAGUAUCCUCCAGCUUCUGCGACAUCAGGGGAUUCUUGAGGAAGAAGACUACCUGGACCCCUUGGGUAGUCAUUGUGUGCAAGCAUUUCUACAUCCUGUCUAGAACAUCCAUAGCCUGAGAGCCAGUUCUGAAACUUUAUCAUUCCUCUUUACGAGUGAGAGGUCACUUUCUUAGACAGUUCACCCAGGUCUGUAGAAGUAUGUACAAACACUAUGAUUUUUCCUUUAAGAAUAUCAAUGCAUAAAACCUUUAAAGAUGACAUUCCUGUGUGAUUUAUUAUGAAGAGUUUGUGUCCC